CUCUCCCAAAAGCUCCCAACUCUCUCUACCCUCCAUCUCUCCUCUCAAAGCUGCUGCCUCCGAUUCUAUUCUCAGUUGAAGAAGAAGGAAGCCAUGGGUAUGGAGGUGGUGAUUUCUCUCCCUCUGAUUCUCUUCUCCAUAAUACUUGGUUUUGGGUGUUACUUCCUUGGAAAAACCAAAGGCAGAAAGGAGGCGUUCGCCAAUGUGCAAGUCUUUGGGGUGCCCACUCCGCCACCAGGCAGUGGUGAAGGUUUUUCUUCACCACCUCCACCCCACAAAAAGCCAGACAACUCAGCCAAUGUUUAAUUAAGCCUCUUGGGUAUAUUUGUUUGUGUUGUAUUUAGGGAUUUUCCUCGUGGGUGUUAAAUUUUUGUAUUGAUUUGUGUAAAUUGGUUGUGGGUUGAAGCAAUGAAUAAUAUCCAUACAAGUUGUGUUGUAUUCUUUGAUAAGUUUCGGUGAAGUUCAGUGGAAUCAGAGCUCUGGGAAUUUUGUGGAUUGGAGAAUUUGUUCAUGUGAUUAUUGUUGCUACGGUUUACAUUGUUUGAGAGAGAUCUGUACUUAAUUUUUUUGGUUUGAAGAAGGAACAAUCCUUUCUCCAUAA